AUGGAUAUUAUUUUUCUUAUAUUAUGCACUUUAUGCAUUGUAAUUUUUAAAAUUUUAAGGAUAAUGUACAGACAAUAUAUUAUUUGGAGUAAAGUCAGACAUCUUCCUCAGAACGUGUAUCCUUUUAUUAGCAGAUCGCUUGCAUUACUAAAGAUGUCAGAUCAAGAACGAAUAGAAUGGAAUCUGUCACUCAUCGACAGAUUUAAAGAAGGUAUAUGCUUAGAAUGGAUUGCAGGCAUGCCGAUAAUAUUUGUAUUUAAGCCAGAAUUUAUUCAGCCUAUUUUGACUAGUACUGUGAAUCUUGACAAGGGAAUAGGUUAUACCUUCACGAAACCUGUCUUAGGAGAAGGACUUAUCACUUCUGCAGGAACACAAUGGCUUCACGACAGGAAGCUCAUUACGCCAACGUUCCAUAUAAGUAUAUUGAACAAGUAUGCCAUAACUAUAUCGGAAAAAACAAAGAUCCUGAUAAAAUGCCUCGAGAGAGAAAUCGAAAGAAAUUCAGGCAAUGCUAUCGAUAUUGUGCCUUUCAUUGCAAAAGUUACUCUCGAUAUUACAUGCGAUACGGCGAUGGGGAUGGAUUUACGUUUUCAAGAAGUUGAAAAUGAAUUUGAGUCUGCAAUGCAUAGAGGCCUUCAGUUAUUAUUUGAGCGACUAUUUCAACCGUGGUUCUGGAUAGAUUGGCUUUACUAUCUAACAAGUAGUGGAAGAGAAUAUAAAUCAUUAAUUAAUAUAUUUCACAAAUUUUCAAACGAGAUAAUACUCAAGAAAAAAGCUUUACGGCAAUCACAAAGCAAUCACAUCAGUAUAAAUAAUGAAGACGAAUUUCAUAUAGCUGCACGAAAGAAAAAAGCCUUUUUAGAUUUGCUGUUAGACGAGAACGAGAAAACUGACAAUCCUUUAAGCGAUGAUCAGUUGCAGGCACAAGUUCAUACAUUUUUGCUUGCAAGCCAAGAUACAACUGCAGCUGCAAUAAUUUGGACGCUUUUUCUCUUGGGUAAUAAUCUCGAGCAUCAAGAGAAACUUCACGAAGAACUUGAGAAACAUUUUCAAGAUUCGGAAACACUAGCUGAUGGAACCAAGUUAUCGCAGUUAAAAUAUCUUGAUAGAGUAAUAAAAGAGACGCUUAGAUUAUAUCCAAGCGUACCUGUCAUCUCAAGGACUUUAACUGAAAAUGUAAAAAUAGGUGAUUACAUGCUCCCGCAAAAUAUUGAAGUUGUGUUGUCACUUAUAGUAAUUCAUCGAAAUCCGGAAUUUUGGCCGGAUCCAACAAAGUUUGAUCCGGAUCGGUUCCUUCCAGAAAAUACAAAAGCCAGGAAUCAAUAUGCCUAUAUUCCAUUCAGUGCUGGACCAAGAAACUGCAUUGGUCAGAAAUUUGCUUUACUUGUAAUAAAAACCCUGUUAACGGCGAUUCUCAGAAAGUGGAGGGUAAAAAGUGUAAAAACUCCCGACAUGAUUCAUCCUCACAUCUCGUUCACUUACCGACCAGGCGAAGAGGUUUUCCUUUAUUUUAUUCCGAAGAAAUAACUGGUUAGCGAAUAUUAUUAUAUCUUACACAGUGUGAAUUUAUUUCUGAAUUUGAUUAGAAUAUUAUUAUAUUGUUAUGUUAUUACACGU